GGGCAGACAGCUUCAGGGCGGGAGAUGCCGCGAGGUGCUGGGGGCGGGGCAGGCACGCCACAGCAUCCAGCAGGUUGGUCAGGCUGCGAGGCGCCCCGCCCUCCUGCAGUAAUGAGCACUGUGCGACAGGUGUUUGCUUUUCAGUCGCCAACCUGCCCUGGCAGAGACAGGAUCCCACAGCCCACCACCACCACCCGUCUGAGUCUCACUCGCUCGCCCCUGGGCCCUGCCGCUUGCCGGGCCGGGGUGCGCUAUGGCCUGCCGCUCCUGCGUCGUUGGUUUCAACAGCGACUGUGAGGUGACCUCGGCAGGCAGCCCCCGGCCUGGAACCUCAGGAUGGAGCCGCUGCGGGGACCCCGGGCUGGGGUUCAGCUCCCGCAGCUUCACGGGCUGCUGGCCAACAGGCACCAUUCCCCAGGUGACCGUGAACCCCAGCCUGCUGGUGCCCCUGGACCUCAAGGUCGACCCAGCCGUCCAGCAGCAGAAGAACCAGGAGAAGGAGGAGAUGAAAGUGCUUAAUGACAAAUUCGCCUCCCUCAUUGGCAAGGUGCAGGCCCUGGAGCAGCGCAACCAACUGCUGGAAACACGCUGGAGCUUCCUGCAGGGCCAGGAUCCCACCACGUUCGAUCUGGGCCACCACUACGAGGAGUACCAGGGCCGGCUGCAGGACGAGCUGCGUGCGGUGAGCCAAGAGCGGGUCCAGCUGGAAGCCAACCUGCUGCAGGUGCUGGAGAAGGUCGAGGAGUUUCGAAUCAGGUAUGAAGAGGAGAUUUCCAAGCGCACAGACCUGGAGUUCACCUUUGUCCAGCUGAAGAAGGACCUGGACACGGAGUGUCUGCGACGGACUGAACUGGAGACCAAGCUGAAAGGCCUGCAGGGCUUCGUGGAGCUGAUGAGAACCAUCUAUGAGCAGGAGCUGAAGGACCUGACCGCCCAAGUGAAGGAUGUGUCGGUGACCCUGGACAUGAACAAUCGCUGCCACAUUGACCUGAGCGGCAUCGUGGAGGAGGUGAAGGCGCAGUACGACGCCAUCGCUGCCCGCAGCCUGGAGGAGGCUGAGGCGCAUUCGCGGAGCCAGCUGGAGGAGCGGGCGGCGCGCUCCGCGGAGUUCGGGAACAGCCUGCAGAGCAGCCGCUGUGAGAUUGCCGCCCUCAAUGUGCGCAUCCAGAAACUCCGCUCCCAGAUCCUCUCCACCAAGAGCCACUGCCUAAAACUAGAGGAGAACAUCAAAGCGGCCGAGGAGCAAGGGGAACUGGCCUUCCAGGACGCCAAGGGCAAGCUGGCCCAGCUGGAGGCCGCCUUGCAGCAGGCCAAGCAGGACAUGGCGCGGCAGCUGCGGGACUACCAAGAGCUCAUGAACACCAAGCUGGCCCUGGACAUUGAGAUCGCCACCUACAGGAAGCUGGUGGAAGGCGAGGAGAGCAGAAUGGACCUGCCCUCAGCCGCUGUGAUCAGCUCAGUGCAGUCCAGAUUCAGAGCAGCAGCUGCCUCCAAGUCGGGAGUCUCCAAGGGCCCCUCCCGGAAGAAGAACGGCAGAAGCCAUGUGAUUAAGAUCACGGAGAUGUCGGAGAAGUACCUCUCGCAGGAGUCGGAGGUCUCUGAGUAGGGUGCCCGGAGCCCCGGCUCCCAGGUCACCCCUGCUGCUGUGAGAGGGACUUCAGCUGGACCUAAUAAAGCAGCCAGAAGGGGCCACAACCUGACGCCGUGCUGAUGGCAGGAGGUCUGGGGCUGAUUGGCUGUGGGCUGAGGGAGUCACGGCGCCCCCACCCCGGGGACCACCUCCCCCCAUCCCCUGCCACUGCAUUGCUUCUCACUGCCUGGGGCCAGAGGCUCUCCUGACUGCAUGCACUGGAACUUGGGGUCUCCGGCUCUCGCUCUGCCUCGGGGCUCCCGCACAGCGCCUUUGGCGUACCUGCCCCAUGCUUGCCCUGGACUCACUCAGCUCCAGCCAUGCCUGGCCUGCUGCCUGGGAGCAAGUCGCCCACCCCCAUACCACCACCCUGACCUCUGGCUUUUGCACCACCUGGGCUCUCCAGACACCUGACAGUAUUAGAGGAGGUGGGCGCAGGGGGACCCCUGGGUGUCUGUGACCUCAGGCCAACCUGGACUUCACAUCUCCUCCUCCCUCUGGGGGUCCCUUCCAAGAGACCAUAGCCAGACCUGGGCAUGCUACACCCAGCCAGCCCUAAGCACCUUCUCUAAAAGCUAUUCUUGCCAUGUCCCGUUCCUGGGACAGUUCGAAACCAGGCAGGGAAAUCAGACCCUCCCUCCAACUCCCAACAGGCCUCCCAAGGCCCUCCCUCCACAGCCCCCACCAGAACACCCAGCUUUGGGGCAGCCUCACGCCUGCCAUGAAGCCCCAGGUUGCUCCCUCCCAGGAGCCCAGGGUUGAGGCAGCACCUCCCUACCUUCCCCACUCCUGCACAGCUGCUCUCCCUGCCUCCAAUGGGCCAUGAAGAUGGCAUAGGUCCCCACCAGGCCAAGUGUCAGAGCCCUUGAGUCCCAGCAGGGGAGCAGGUGCUACGGCCAGCAGGAAGCCUGGAUGGGCAGGGGAGACCCCACUGCUGCCUCCUCCUGUCUCCCGCCCCACCCUCCUUUCCCUUCCUCCCCCAGGCUUUCCCAUCAUUAUCUCCUGUCCCGGGCUAGG